AUGGGAUUGAUUCCCGCAAACAUCAAAAGUCCACCAAAGUAUCUACUAGGAUGCAUUCUCUGUUCAGCAAACGGCCUACUCUUCGGCAUGGACACAGGGACCAUCGGUCCAGUCACCGAUAUGGAAUACUUCAAAGCCUCAUUCGGAGGCAGUGAAAACUCCACAAUCCACGGCCUAAUCGUGUCCUGCAUUCUGAUCCCAGCAGCGCUGUCAUCAUUCUUUGCCGGAUAUGUUGCCGAUCGACUCGGUCGACCAAAGGGAAUUUGCAUUGGAGUCUUUAUCUUCGGCCUUGGCGCAGCGAUAGAAGCAGGCGCCGUGGCUUUGUCCAUGUUCAUUGUUGGUCGCAUUGUGGAAGGACUGGGCGAGGGUCUUUUUCUUGGAAAUCUAGUUGUCUUGAUCUGCGAGAUAUCGCCGACUCGGGCCAGAGGCGCUUUGACAACAGGCCCCCAGCUGGCUACUACACUUGGAUUGGUUUUGGGGUACUUCGUCAGUUAUGGGACAUCAGGUAUUCAGUCGUCGCUUUCGUGGAGAUUGCCAUGGAUUAUUCUCGCGAGCCUUUCUAUGGUUCUUUGUGCGCUGUCAUUCUUCUUCCUGCCGGAAUCGCCACAAUGGCUUGGCCUUCAUGGUAAAUAUGAGAUGGCUGAAGAGGCAUGGGAGAGGUUAGGAGUGACACCCGCAGAGCGUGAAAAGGUCGAAGUCAAUGUUGUAAUCAGGGAGACAGGACCAGACGUGGACGAUGUCAAAGACAAUACUACGAAAAAGCUUCUUGACAUUUUCUCAAAAGAUGUCUGGGGUCGAACCGUUCUCGCAGUGUUCUUGAUGGGAAUGCAGCAGAUGAGCGGUAUUGAUGGAGUGCUCUAUUAUGCGCCUCAACUUUUCCAAAAAGCCGGACUUGCUUCAUCCGAAGCGAGUUUUCUAGCAUCCGGUGUAUCGGCAAUAGUCAUCUUUGCAGUCACUGUCCCAGGGCUCAUCUAUGCCGACGGAUGGGGCCGCCGAAGCAGCAUUAUAUACGGUGGUGUCGGAAUGGGAAUUCUGAUGUUUUUAAUGGGUGGCCUGUAUGCCGGAAAUGCAGUGCACCAAUCAACUGGCGCUGGUCGCUGGGUCGUGAUUGUCUGCAUCUAUCUUUUUGCAGCGCUUUAUUCCGUUAGCUGGGGUAUUGCUGUCAAGGUGUAUAGUGCUGAGAUCCAGCCUCAGCGAACUCGUGCAUCGGCCACCACGCUGGCUCAUUCAAGCAACUGGGUGUCCAACUUCUUGGUCGCUUUGACAACGCCUGUUCUGCUUGCGAAGAGCAGUUAUGGUGCGUAUUUUUUGUGGGGUGGAUGUUGUGUUGUGACUGUUGUUGUCAGCGUCAUUUUCAUGCAUGAAACUCAGGGUCGAACUUUUGUGGAGAUUGAAGAGGCAUUCAAGGGGAAAAGGCCGACUCAGAAACGUCAAGAGGCUGAGAGUGCGAGCAAGGCCUGA